CGGUGUGCACGUAAAUUGUUAAUUCAAAAUUAUUGGCAAUAGCCAUUUGUGUUGCGAGAAAGCAGAAAAGGAAAAUAAAAUCAUAUUUGGUACACCCUUACGUGAUCUAAGAUAUUUAAAAGGACAGUUUGUGUCGCUUUAAGAAGAUUUGAGGCUUUAUCCUUGUAAGUUUUUUAAUUAUUUCCGAAUGUCGAUAAGCACAUUCUAUGGAUUAUUGGCAAUCGUAAGCCUCACGAGCAAUCGCGCCAUAGUAAACGGCACGCAAUACAACUACACAUACGAACGCGACUCGAGCGCACAACCAACUGACUGCAGCGCCGGCGUUUUCUCUCCCGUCAGAACAAAAUACGAAGUUCCGUUGGCUCAAUUCAGUUUAACGUCCAACUCUGAACGUCGAAAAUCCGACAGUGCUCGAUAAAAAAGCGCCGCGUUUUAAAAGCGCCGUCGUGUGAAUAAACACGUGGAUUUAAAUGUCUCAUCAACGUUUUUUUAAAAAACGCUCGUGCGAAUGAGGCCUAAAGGAUGGAAAAAAAUAAAGGAACUUAGUUCCUUAACCUGACAUUGGGGGAAUCAUCGAUAGAGCUAUAAUAGUCUGUGGAGCUAUGGCAUUCUAAAGAACAAGAAUAAUAAAAGUUUUACAAAACACACUGUGUCACACUGCCCUGACCAAAUAUUAGAAAAGGCGGCUUCCCAAAUAGAAAAAGAAUUAUUAUUAUCUAUAACAGCUAAUAAUGUCGUACACGGACCUAAGAGAUGUUAUGAAUGUUAAGGAGGAGGCAAGCGAAUUGGAAAACAGCUCCAUGGAUUUACAUAUGAAUUAUUACAUCAAAGAAGAGCCAGUUGGUGUUGCAGAAGAAGAACAAAGCAAGAAAGAGGAGCUGGAACUGUACGCAGAUCAUGAAAUCAAGGAAGAGUUGGUCAUAGGACCUGUUUUGUUACAGCCUACUGAUUUAGCGCAAACAAAAUUUGUGCAGAAAACAUCUGAGGGAUUGAAUAUCUAUACUCGCUCAUAUAAGGGUGAUAUUUGCAAUAAAUGUUAUACAAGAAAACGGACACUUACAACUCAUAAAAUUACCCAUACUGGUGAAGAAUCAUACAAAUGUGAUCACUGUAACAAAGUUUACUAUAAAUCAAAAUUUGUUGUACAUUUGAAGACUCAUAAUCGAGAAAAACCAUACAAGUGUGAUACAUGCAAUAAGUGUUUUACAACAAAACAGACGCUUAAAUUACAUAUAAAAACCCAUACUGGAGAAAAACCUUGCAAAUGUAAUCACUAUAACAAAUGUUUUAGCUAUCAAACAAGUUGUAUUCAGCAUGUAAAGACUCAUACUGGAGAAAAACCAUACAAGUGUGAUACAUGCAAUAAAUGUUUUACAACAAGAAUGUCACUUAAAUUGCAUAUAAUGAUCCAUACUGCGGAAAAACCGUACAAAUGUGAUGUAUGUAAUAAAUGUUUUGUAACAAAACGGAACCUUAAAGUUCAUGAAAUUUCCCAUACUGGAGAAAAACUAUACAAAUGUGAUGUAUGUAAUAAAUGUUUUGCAACAAAACAGAUCCUUAAAGUUCAUAAAACUACCCAUACUGGAGAAAAACCAUACAACUGUGAUGUGUGUAAUAAAUGUUUUACAGGAAAACAGUACCUUAAAGUUCAUAAAAUUACCCAUUCUGGAGAAAAACCAUACAAAUGUGACGUAUGUAAUAAAUGUUUUACAACAAAACAGGUCCUUAAAGUUCAUAAAAUUACCCAUACUGGAGAAAAACCAUACAAGUGUGAUAUAUGCAAUAAAUGUUUUACAACAAGACGGACACUUAAAUUGCAUAUAAUGAUUCAUACUGCGGAAAAACCAUACAAAUGUGAUCACUGUAACAAAUGUUUUGCCCGUAAAGAUAGUCUAUGUAAUCAUUUAAGGACUCAUACUAAUCCAAAACCACACAAAUGUCAUAUUUGCAAUAAAUGUUUUACAACAAAACAAGCACUUAAAACUCAUACAAAGAUGCAUACUGGUGAGAAACCAUAAUUAUAAAUUUGACUACUUACUGUAACAAGUUUUUCACUAUUAAAUUAAAUUGUAUUAGGCAUAGAGACUCAUACUGGUUUGAAACAGUACAAGUGUGAUAUUUGUAAUGAAACGUUAUACAAAAAAACAUGAACACAAAUGUGAAAAUAUAUUAUAUAACAAUUUUUUUACUAUUAAAUUAA